AUGCCCGUAGACGUUUUAACAGCUCUUUAUGCGGCAACCAUUGCUGCUGGUGGUAUUAUUGGCUAUGUCAAAGCAGGAAGCACACCAUCGCUGGCGAUGGGUGUGGCCUGUGGAACGUUGGUGAUGUUUGGGGCUUAUCAGAUGAAGCAGGAUCCAAAAAAUGUUACUUUAGCCUUAGUGACUUCAGCCGUGCUGACUGGUGUUAUGGGGUACAGGUUUGCAAAUUCUGGAAAGUUCAUGCCAGCUGGUUUAGUUGGAACCCUGAGUUUACUAAUGGUGUUGAGGCUUGGCUACAAGGCUGUCACUAACUGA